CGUUGGCAGUAAAUUACUAGCUUAUCAGCUAUCCCUCCUAAGUAAUCAACGCUUAUCAUUUUUGCCCCAAAACGAAAGCUUCUGGAUUUGGCGGGAAACAACGAGUUCAGAAACGCAAAAAUGGCGAACAAACUCAUCAACCAAUUGGGUUUGCCUAAAUCCAUCGCUAAUAUCUUCGCCGCUCGCAACAUUAUCACCGCAAAGGCUGCAUUAUCUCUAACUGAAUUUGAAUUGAUGGAAUUGUUGGAUGUUGGAAUGACAGAAGUAACAUUUGCAAUGGCGCACAUUAGCGAAGUUGUGUGUCCGCCUUGUCAAACUGCGUUACUUUUGAUGGAGCAGCGAGUACGAAAUGAGAGCUUAGCCGGUCAUCUUCCAACUCGUUUGAAAGGGUUGGAUGAAGCCUUAUGCGGUGGUAUACCGUUUGGUGUUUUGACAGAAUUGGUCGGUCCACCAGGAAUUGGCAAAACACAGUUUUGCUUGAAGCUCUCAUUGCUUGCUUCGUUGCCGGUAAAUUGUGGAGGCUUAGAAGGCCGAGUGAUAUAUAUUGAUGUUGAAUCUAAAUUUAGUUCAAAAAGAUUGAUAGAGAUUGGAACAAAGAGUUUUCCUGAAAUAUUUCACAAGAAAGGAAUGGCACAGGAGAUGGCUGGUAGAAUCAUGAUCUUACGUCCUACAUCACUUUCUGAAUUUGCUGAGAGUUUACACCGGAUCAAAGUAUCACUUCUCCAGCAACAAGUGAAGUUGCUCAUCAUUGAUAGCAUGGCUGCUCUUGUUUUAGGUGAACAUGAUUCUGGGGCUUCUAGGCAACAAGCAUUGGGUUGGCACGUCUCUUUCAUCAAGUCACUUGCUGAAUUUUCACGAAUUCCAAUUGUAUUGACAAAUCAAGUAAGGUCUCAAAUUGGGGAUGAAUCUCUCAUGUAUUCCUUUCAAGCACGAAGCCACUCCACUAAAGAAGACACACCUGUUACAUUUGAUUCUCAUCUUGUUGCUGCUUUGGGAAUUAACUGGGCUCAUGCCGUGACCAUCCGUCUUGUACUUGAAUCCAAAUCAGGUCAAAGGUUUAUUAAGUUGGCGAAAUCUCCAAUUUCACCCCCUCUGGCUUUCCCUUUUAACAUUACUGCAUCAGGGAUUGUUCUGCUUGAUGAUAAUGGAAUAGAGAUGAAAGGGCCAGAAAUAAACAAUAUACACUGCCAAGGUUUGUCCCUGAGAUUUUUGGUUAUUAGGUCUGUUGAAUGUAUUUUAAGUGAGCACAAGAAUUUUUUUGGAAAGAUAAAACCAUAGCAUAUGUAGAGAGUUACAUUAACAACUAGUUGUUCUCUAUCUGUUGUAAGCAUGAAUUCGCGGAGUAAAAGUUCCUAUUCUGGUUGAAACUAUGUGUUAAAUGUGACAAAUAUGGGGUUUAGAUUUUCUUCUUGCAUGAGUAAACAAAUUACGGGGAGGGAUUUAUUUACAUCAACUGUAAGUAUGGACACACUUUAAUAACUUUCUAUGAGUACUAAGUUUUAUCAAAUCAACCGUAAGAUUGAAAGUUCCGAGAAAUAGAUCUAGUCUGCAAAAUUUCAUAAGUUCAGAAUUUAUUUGUUACAUAAUUGAACCAUUUAAAUUUAAUGUGUAAUAUACUACCAUUUAAAGGAUAAGUAAAUUAGUCAAAAAAAAAAAGUAUAAGUAAAUGUCAAUUAUUAUCCGUCAAAAAAUAAAUAGUAUGUAUUAUUAUACUGCAUACAUACGAUACGAAUGUCCUAAAUUAUCUAAAUCUGGGUAUGCAUGAUUAAGUUAAUAUCACACGAUUCGAUAGCUGGACUAGCUAAUUGUGUGUUUUAUAAAAAAAAUAUUAGAUGGUAUAAGUGAAUACUUACACCUAUUGUUAAGUGCAUCCUUCUCCUGUAACAGUCACCGUUCAAAGCAUUACCGAAAAAUAUGCAAUUUUAAGUUGCAUUUUUUCUAGGGUUUCCUUUGAUUGUCUAAUAUAUUAAAGCUCAUAUCCUGACUUACCAAUUUUGAAAAUUUUAUUAAAAACAUGCAGGCCAAAAUGCUUUGUCAAAUUAUGAAAGGGUAAGGCACCAAUUGUGAGUUCAUAGUAUGCUUUUUCCAAUCAUAUGGGAUAUGACAUAACACACUAUCCAUAUAUUUAUGCUCACCUAGUGAAAGGAGACACAGGAUUACCAGUUCACUUCAGCAAUCUGUUUUCUUUCAGAUAUUCUGAGGUAUCUUGUACAUUUGUCGCCACUAACAACUACGUUUCUCAUCUAUGUAUGGUAUGUGAUACAUGAUACAUCUAACUCACUAUUUGGCUUCUACUUUCAAUCACCAUCUGUGUAACCUAGUUGGAUGUGUGGAUUGUUUGGAUGCUUUGAAUUAUGAAAAUUAUGCAACCGAUAUCUUCGUAGAAACUUUUGCUAGGGAUGUAUGGAAUAGUAUAUAGUUUGGAGACAUUGACAAUAAUCUAACAUCUGCCUUGAUACAAAUCUUAACUACAUGAAACGGCCUA